AUGAAGGUCUCUCACCCUCCGCUGAUGGCACUCGCGCUGGUCCUCGUUAUUCCCCAUGGCAUUUUGUCCAGCGAAUGCCCAAAGGGAUGCUCUUGUUCCACGCCGGAAUCCAUCUUGUGUUUCCAGAGACGAUCGGCCAACUUUCCUCAGGGAGUGCCGCCCUCGACGAGGAGCCUCUACCUUUUUGCCAAUGGCAUUGAGAGCUUGGCAUCAAAGGACUUUGAAGAUCUGAAGAGCUUGGAAAUGCUGGACCUCAGUCAGAAUAAACUGACAGAACUUUCUGAUGGGGUCUUCCUACCGCUCACUUCUUUGAAGAACUUGGACUUAUCGUCUAACCAAAUAACCUAUAUUUCUGAGCAAUGCUUCCAAGAUAUGGUCCUGCUUGAGCGUCUUUAUUUGUACAGCAACCAUAUCAAGAGCAUACAUCCCGCUGCGUUUAAAGGCUUAGAGAACCUACUAGAACUCAAAUUGCAGGGCAACAGGCUGACGUCUUUGCCGGAUCUCGCAAUGCCUCGACUGCUGCUGCUGGAUCUUCGUUUCAAUGUCCUACCUACAUUGGGCCCAUCAGACCUCCAAACCCCAAAUCUCGAGUCCCUCAAACUAGGUGGUGUGGGACUAACAGACCUUAAUUCGGAGCUGAUUGGUAGUCUUAAGAACCUUCAUGAACUGGAUGUUUCAAAAAACCAACUGCAAGUUUUGCCAUCAAUCCUAAAAGAAAUUAGCGGUCUGAUUCACCUGAACCUGGCUGGCAACCCCAUGGGUCCUCUUAAAUUUCAGGACCUGAAAAACCUACAAGAGCUGAAGGAGUUGGACAUUAGCAGCCUAAGUCUGCAAGGCCUCCCGGAGGAGUUUGCACAGCUAUUUCCUCACCUUCGAAAGCUGACCGCGGCAGAAAACCCCUUCAACUGCCUUUGUACUUUAGCCUGGCUCCCGAGCUGGCUGCGAGCCCAAAGCAUCACCCUGGAGAGAACGGAGGAGACCCGCUGCCAUUUCCCUCCGAUCAAUGCUGGCAAAGUUUUGGAAAGACUGGAGCAUCGGGAUUUCGGCUGCCCUACCACGACUACACAAACUACAACCACGCUUAGAACUACAACUGCGCUGCCUGUCACGACUACAGAGAGCACUACUACGCCUGCCCCAGACCUCAAUGAUCAUGAUGACGGGACUAAAGACGCCGAUUACCCCGUGCCGCCGGUUCCUGCUUCACCAAGCAGCAGCAGUAGCGUGGACUCUGACAAAGAAAAGCACUUUUGCCCGUCUCACACCUGCCUCAAUGGCGGCACUUGUCAUCUGGACCGGUAUGGUCAAGUGGAGUGUACCUGUCCACGCGGAACCACUGGAUUCUAUUGUGAAAUUCAAAAUAACAAUCCCCAAUCGCCACCUGAACACAACAUCCCUGUGACGACGGUCACCCCGAACCCCCCGGAUAUCAGUUCUCGUCACGCGACCUCUACAUCGAUCCUAUUGGAUCUCCACCGCUACAUUGAAAUGCGACCGUACAUCCGCGGCAUCCGUCUGACCUACCGUAAUCUCUCAGGGCCCGAUCGCAGGCCGAUGCAACUCAGCCUACCGGCCUCGUAUCCGGAGUACAGACUCAGAGGCUUGAACCCCAACUCCACCUACACUGUGUGCGCCAGUCCGCUUGGCGCUCCAAAUGGUGUGGACAGCGUUUGCACCCAGGCGCAGACAACCGACGAAAAGAACGCCAGCGUCACCGGCGCACAGAUCGUGAACAAGAAGAUGACCACCAUGCUAGUGCCCGCAAUUGCCAUCCUGCUCUUGGUAGUUCUGAUAGCAACAGCGGUGGGCGUGGUUUGCUAUGUCCGCAGGAAGAGAGCUAAAGGCCACCUGGACCUGGAUCGCGAGCCCUCCCAGCUCGAGCUGGAUGGCGUAAAACCCGGCUUGGAUAACGGGGCGCUUCCUCAAAAACAGGCGCAACUCAUGAUCCCAGAACCUGCCGUUCAAAAUGGCAACCUGGAAUAUGAAGUGCUGCUACUGCAGGACCACUGUAUAUCAAGUAAAAACAUAUCAUCGCACAAACCUUCAUAUUUUUGA